AUGCCUUCCCAGCGCCGCGGAGGACCGAGUACCGCCAAAAUGGUCGACUUCUCUCCUGCGCCCCUCACGACAGCCGCGCAGGAGAGCAAGAGCAAGGACUCCAAGACAAACCAACGCCUGGGCCAGUACACGAUAGUCAAGACGCUCGGCGAGGGCUCGUUUGGAAAAGUCAAGCUUGCAACGCACCAGGUCAGCGGCCAGAAGGUCGCCCUGAAGAUCAUCAACCGCAAGAGACUGGUGACGAGAGAUAUGGCGGGCAGGAUAGAGCGCGAGAUUCAAUAUCUACAGCUGCUUCGCCAUCCGCAUAUUAUCAAGCUAUACACAGUCAUAACCACGCCGACUGAGAUCAUCAUGGUCCUCGAAUACGCCGGCGGAGAGCUGUUCGACUACAUUGUGAACAACGGGAGGCUACAAGAGGACAAGGCACGCAAGUUCUUCCAACAAAUCGUAUGCGCCGUCGAGUACUGCCAUCGACACAAGAUCGUCCAUCGGGACUUGAAGCCCGAGAACCUGCUUCUGGACGACCACUACAAUGUCAAAAUCGCCGACUUCGGACUGAGCAACAUUAUGACGGACGGAAACUUCCUCAAAACAAGCUGCGGUAGCCCCAACUAUGCUGCACCCGAGGUCAUAUCUGGCAAGCUGUAUGCCGGGCCCGAGGUAGACGUCUGGAGCUGUGGUGUCAUCCUUUACGUUCUGCUCGUUGGACGGCUGCCCUUCGACGACGAAUACAUCCCCACGCUUUUUAAGAAGAUCGCCGCGGGCAACUAUAGCAUACCAAACUACCUAUCUCCAGGCGCUGUCUCGCUCAUCAAGAAGAUGUUGAUGGUUAACCCAGUGCACCGCAUCACCAUCCCAGACUUGCGCAGAGACCCAUGGUUCACCAAAGACCUGCCCUCCUACCUCGAGCCGCCAGUGCAAGAGUUCUACGAGAGCGGUGCAGAUCCGAACAAGGCCAUCGACCCUAAGGUCCUAGCACCCUCUGCACCUGCCCCCGUCGUACAAAAGCUGCACGAAACGGUCGUGACAAAACUAGGGAAAACCAUGGGCUAUGCCAAGCACGACGUCCAAGAAGCAUUGGCGCGUGACGAGCCAAGCGCAAUCAAGGAUGCAUACUUGAUUGUCCGCGAGAACCAAAUCAUGAAAACAAACCCUUUGUUGACCAACGAGAAGAAUCUCCAGCCAUUCUUCGCACAAUCACCACCUAAUAAUGAGAGCUAUUUGAGUACCUCAAUACCCCACAACCUUGCCACCAUGUCGCGUCCACAAGUCAUCCCGCCACCUCCAUCCGAACACGAGCGCGCGCGCCAAGGUUCAAACGCUAGCAGUCAACUUGCAACUGUCCGAAGUCCUGUUAGCACCAUCGCCAUUCUCCCCAGCAGUCUGACCGAGUACCACAAGGCAUACAUGAAAGGGCACCCUAGGCCGCCUAACAGGCCACAAGAGGAUGGUCCGCCUACCCCUGAACAGACCGAAGAGCAGCGGCAGAUAUCAGCUCGACGGCUGAAGCCCAACUUCCGCGCAAUUCCAGAGGCACACAGACAAAGACCGGAACCAAUGACGAGUAUACCUGCCAAGAAACCUCGACCGACGAAAUGGCAAUUCGGUAUCCGCUCGAGAAACCAGCCAGCCGAAGCUAUGCUAGCCAUCUUCAAGGCACUGAAGGCGAUGGGUGCUGACUGGGAAGUACAAAGGAUACGCAAGGCUGGCGGGCGCAGUGGAUCUCGCAGUCGUAGCGCUUCGCGAGAGUCACCAGAAGAGUCAAGAUCAAGGAGCCGCUCGCGGGGUUCCUCGAUAUCGUCGCACUCUUCCCAAGAAGAUCAGGGCGACAGAGCCAAUUCGCCGCAUCGCGAGCCGCUUACUGUACGUAACGGUAAUGUAGACGAACAGGAAAGGCGAGGGCGGCAAAAGAGGCACUACAACCACACCAAUGACUGGGGUUACCAUAUCCCCGAAGAUCCAUGGGUCAUCAACGCCCGCUUCCGAAAAGACGGCAUGUUUCCACCCGGAGUCGCGCAUCCCUCAUCCACCCACUCCUCGCGCGUCGAUCUCGCCAAUGAUCCCUCUGGUCUACGGAGACGCAGCUCUACGCACACCAGCACCUCCAGUCUCAAUCACGGUGUCGAGAAUAUGACCAUGGCAGAGCGAGCAGCCUACCUGGGCGAGGAUUACCCGCAACCUGAUGAGGCGGUCUGGAUCUACAUGUCCAUACAACUCUACAGCAUUGACCGCGACUUCUUCGUCGUAGAUUUCAGGUGCGCAGGCUACGAGCGCCUUGUGUCCAAUCUCGUCCGCGAGAUCAAGGCAUCUUCCACGUCUAGUACCUCGAUCAGCAAUCUGGCCCUGUCAUCUUCACAACCUGCUCAUCAUCAUGAAGACGGCUGGGACGACGAACAGGGUAUAUGGCGCAGGCUUGGUGAGGGCGAGCCUCUGCCAGAGGAUCUAGCGCGUGAGUUGAGAAAUGGCGGUAAAGGUGUGAUGCGGGAGAGGACCGAGGAAGUCGGCGUGGGAAGAACCGAUGGAGAGAAGAUUGUUACGAGCCCUUUUCCCUUUUUGGAUGUUGCGAGUACCCUUAUUUUGCAGUUGAGCGGGGAGUAG